GUUGGUUGCGAUGAACGCAAAAAAUGGCGUCUGAAAAGUGAAGUUAUUGUACGUUGGGUAGUGGGGCAAGACACCUGAAAAUUCGUCGAGUUUUACACUAUAUGAGUUUCUUGAUUUGGAGAAGAAAAGGGAAAAUGAAUUUGACACACCAAGCUUGUUCAAUGGCAAUGGAUAAAGGUUCAUCAACAUCAACAAAGGAUUUCAUUUGAGGUUCAAGAUGAAGGAUGAUGUUAAGGUUGAGAGCAGUGGUGGGACAGAAACAGGUGUCACUAUUGAAGUACUAGUUUCUAUGCCAGACAAAAAAAUCCAGAAACUUUAUCACUUUGAUGUUCACGACAAAGUAUGGAAUGCAAAGUUACAUGUGAUUAAUGAUUUAAUUAAGAAUGUGAAAGAUGCUGCAAACUAUGGAUUCUAUGACCCACCAUGCAAUGGAAAGUCAGGCAAGUUUCUUGAAGAAGAGAGAUUAUUCACUGAUUAUCCGUUAUCAGGAUCACCUCCAGUUCUUGAGUUCAAAAACAAAAGGAGAAUUUACCGUUCCAUGGCAUAUGAACAGAAGACUCUGCAAAAACUGAAUAUAAAGACAAAUCAGAAGAAGUUCUUGGAGCUGGUCUCCUCUGGUGCAGUUAGCCAAGUGGGCAAGAUGGCUGAGAAGGGAAUUGAUCCUAAUUUUCAUGAUGAUCGCACUGGAGAGACACCACUAACAGUUGCAGUAACCAAAGACAAUGCAAGGGAAAUGAUAGUCACUUUGGUAAAUGGAGGAGCAUUGCUGGACUACAGGACACAAGAGGGACUGACUCCUCUUCACAGAGCAGCAAUAGCUGGAAAAGCAAUAUCUGUCAAGACCCUUUUGGAUUUUGGAGCAUCACCAAAUUACAAAGACUUGAAAGGCCUCACACCAUUAUUCUACACGGCAAUUUAUGGUGGUGACCCAUACUGCUGUGAAAUUCUUCUUAAUGAUCAAGCUGAGCUGCACAUUGCUGACCAUCAGGGCAAGCAGGAAAUACACUUGGCUUGUAAAAAUGGUCUUGUUCAGCACUUGGAGCACCUGUUAUUUUAUGGAGCUCAGAUUGAUGCUCGUACUGCGUCAGGCAACACAGCAUUGCAUGUGGCUGCUCUUAGUAAUCAGGAUGAAUGUGCUAGAGUUCUGUUGUUCAGAGGAGCGAAGAGAAAUAUCUUGAACUACGCGAAUCAAUCUGCAUACGAGGUUGCCGCUGUUGGUGGGAAUAAAGAGAUCGCUGAGUUGAUAAAGAAUUUCAGUGAGAAGGAUAUAGUCAAAUUCUCUGGAAAACCGAGCUACAGUACCCGUCGUCGUAAAUCUGUUUCCAAGCCGAAGGCAUCGUCGUUGUUUCCUCGGACACCUUCGGAAACUCAAUUGUCUGUCAAGAGCGACUCGUCGCCGCCGUCGCCUGACUCGUCAAUACACAGUCUCCCAUCCACCACGGCCUCAGAAACAGCAUCGGUCGACGAACCUAGUGUAACAAUGAAUGGCGAUACCGAAAUCCAUAAUGGAUCCCGCAAGAAUCUCAACAGAACUUUAUCAGCGAGUUCCACGGCGUCUGAUUCUUCGUACGGUUCGGAGUCAGACUCUGGCGAAAUGUCCCCACGCGACCACGAGAAGCGGAAGAAACGAACAUGGCGUCAGUAUUCAGAGCCAAACAUCUCACAAAAACCAGCUGUACCACCCGUUAAAGCAGUAUCUGGUGCAGCAACAAUACGAAAGAGACUCUACGCCAGCGUACCUGGUAGACGUUUUGUGGCUAUCAAGGAUUAUAGACCAUUAAUGGCAGGAGAAUUGGCGCUCGAGAAAGGCGACGAAGUGGAAGUUUUGUUCGUUGGCGAGAAAGGCUACUGGGAAGGUCGAGUAGGAAAUUCAACUGGCUGGUUUCACCAUUCAUAUGUCGAAGAAAAGAAAGGAAAAGGAAAAACCAGACCAAAGACGAUGUUUGCUCGGCCACCGUCACAGGCCAAAAGCAAUUCUCAAGACUUGAACCACGUUGGCUUAAACAACUCUGCUGAAGCUCCUCGGAUUGUAACUCUACUCAGGAGCAGUGCUGGUUUUGGCUUUCAGAUGAGAGGAGCCAAUUCACAAGUUCCGCGACUGAAUUUUGAACCUACUGCUGAGUUUCCAGCUCUUCAAUACUUUGGGGAACUGGAAGCAGGUGGACAGGCAGACCUGAAAGGUAUAAAGGCAGGAGACUUUAUAUUAGAGGUUAAUGGUGAGGAUGUGAGGACAGCGACGCAUGGCCACGUGGUGGCGUUGAUUCAAAAUAGUGUCAAGUUGGUUAAUUUGAAAAUAGUCACAGCAAAAAGUCCUGCGGUAAAUGGAACUGAUCAUAAAGAUGGUAACGGUAACAAACUUCCUCCGCCUCCUCCAAACCGCGAUCCAUCUACUACGCUGACUUUGGGUCGGAUGAGCACGCUUUCUUCCAGUCGACCCUCGCUUUUCGAGAUGAGCAUGGGCGAAAGCUUUGAAGAGCCCGCGAGCUACCGCGUGGACAGUGUCAUAACUGUUUCAAAGGAAAACCGCUGGCACAGUCUUCAGCGACAAAAGCCUCAGGCUCGUAAACCAGUUGGAGUUCAAAUGAAAUCACAAACUUUAGUUAAACGCAGAUCAAGUGGGGACCUAAAGAGCGGAGGAAAAAUUGGUUAUCAAAGGGCGCACUCAGUGCACAAUAUGUUACCUCCCUCGUAUGAAUCUGUGGUGGGUAAGCGACCUCUCUCAGCUGCAGUACCGGUGGACAUGCCUGUUGUGCCGGAUGAUCCCAGACUGCCGCGGUCAAUGUCAGUAGAUAAUACUGCGUUAUCAAAAUAUCACUUAACAGCCAUGUCGACCCCUAAUCUUGACAAACCAAUUAUAGAUAAUGGCUGGAACAAUGGCUAUGGCUCUCCUCCGAAGGAAGUAAGACGCGACUCCAUGCAUGGACCGUAUAACUACGGUACUUUGGACAGAAGCAAAACGAGAGCAAAGGGUUCUGCCAACGUGGAGGCUGUUGUUACCUCGCCAGUAAAAGCCACCGUUGUAGCUGUGCAGAGCACAGAGGCCAAGCCCGAGAUAACAGUGGUAGCAACUCCAGUAGAAGUAGUCGAGUCGACGCCGACAACCCUUCCGGAUACCCAUAGGGUGCCUUCCAGUGAAGUCCUGUCAGCAGGGAAAAAGGCUGAGAAGCCUGCUCUUCCUCCUAAGCCACGAACGUUAUCUGAUGCUCUUCAAGAAGCCGUAGCAGCAAGGAACCAACGGAUUAGUCGGAAGUCGUCUGCUCCAGAAACUGAGGUCCCGUCAUCUAUUGCGGUAACGAAUGCAAGAGAAAGAAGGGUUAGUACUCCGACAAAAUUGAAUCCUCGUAAGACGGUGGAUGCAUCUCAGAAAGUUCGCAGCGACAUAAUGACGAGGCUUGAAGAAAAAUUCACGGAAGACGAUUGUAAGGUAGAGGUGGGAGAACGUGAACGAUGCCAUACGAUGCCACGACAGCAGGAGAAGCAAUACCGAAGUAAUAAAGAGAAUUCCAUCUCUCCCGCUAUGGACGAGCAAAGCGAUUCAAAUAAGAAGGGACUGGUGAUGUCUUCUUCGGCUGAUAUCCUCCGUCGUUACACGUCUCCAACUCGCGACAUGAAUAGACAGUCAUCUUUGGAUACCUCGGAGGCUGUCCACAGGAAUACCAAGAAAGGGAGUGAGAAUUUGCAGAGACAGUUGUCGGAACCAGUCAGCUUCGAUCGUCAACCGAGGGCGCAGGCACUUGUUAAACCGCCAGCUGCGCCAUCGCAGCAGAUACAGCUGGGUGUUCGGGGUAAGCCUGCGGUGCCGCCUCCACCUCCUACCAUGCGAAAUAAAGACAUUCCCUCGACACCGGUCACAAAGGGGCUGAUCACCGCUGAUGCAUUAUCCGCUAAGAAAUCAAAGCUGAAAUCUACAGCUAACGAGAAAGGGAUAUCUUCAAAUGCGUCUUCUCCAGCAAGAGGAGGACUCGCGCCAACGUCCGGUACAUCGCCUAAUCUUGCCACACAGCAUUCAGAUUUACUAGCGAAGGCUGUAGCUGCGCGUGCAGCUCGCAUUUCUACUCAGUCUCAUUCAGACGCUGAUUUGAACCCAGUAGGACGAACUGAGAGUUCAUCAAAGUAUGUUGGACAAACUGCAAGUUCACCCAAUUAUGUUGCUGUUCAGAGAGGGCCUGACCUCAAAGAACUGAAUAAUAACAAAAUAAAAUCUCAAGUGGAAAUGAGAGCAGUUAAUUCUCGCGGUAAACCCUCACCUCCUGUCGCUCCCAAGAAGCGAUUCAGUUCAUUAGAUUUAAGACAACGAAAAUACGAAGGCGAAUUUAGAGAAGGAAGAACGACUUUGAACACUGGUAAUCACUCACCAAGAAUUGGGGAAGAACGCUCUCUGCCGUUUGAAAUACCUGCUCCGGUUUUGUCAGAGGAGGACAAGUCUGUUAUGUUUUUGGACGAAGUUAUUAGAAAAGAAGCAGAGAGUGAAAAUUGGAGUUUGAACUCUUGGAACAGUGGCACAGGCAGCGAUUCAAGCAGUGAGGUGUUUGUUCCUCCGCCCGUAUGGCCUGCGGAACAAAAUAAAGACUCAGAAAAUUUGUUAAAGCCGUGGUACGAGAGCAGCUCUCAAUCAGAGGAAAGUAUACCUGCGAAAACCUCUGAGCCAGAGAAAGUAACCAAGACUAUUACAACCAAGAAGGGUUUUCAGAUUAAGUUGACUAUUGAGUCGAAACGAAGCGACUCAUCGAAACCAGUUAGAACUUCUUCUCGUACGGAUUCUAAUGAUAUGGACAUUUCCGAACCACUAACACCCAGAGUUAUUGAGUCAACGAGAACUGAUUCACAGAAGGAAAUGCUACCAAACGAGGCAGUCCCUCAGGAAUCAGAUCUUGACGAGGAGUUGAAAACACCAGUAGUAGAAAAGGAAAGUGGGAAAAGUCGAUUUGAAUUACCACCACCGCCUGAUUUAUUUACAGACAAAGACGAACCACAUGUGCCGCUAGAUUCACCGCCUCUACCUCCCCCUCCUGAAUUUUCACCGCGGGAAUCCAAAACAUUAGUGUUCAAUUCAAAAGAAGAUACUGGGAACAGAAAUUGUGCCUCUCCAUCAGCAGAAAGUGAUGAUAGUAGUAAGGAUUCGGUAGGCUAUACAGAUAUAUCGUCCAUAUUUGGUGGAUACUCUCGGCCAAUGCAACCAUUCUUGGAGAAACCAGUGUUAGACUGGGAUUGCGACGACGUGUGCGGCUGGUUGGAUUCCAUAAACAUGGCUCAAUAUAAAGAGACUUUCAGGGACAACGACAUCCAGGGAAUCCAUCUUCCCGAACUAACGAAGGCUGAACUGCGCGAACUGGGAGUUAAGAGCCUGGGACACAGGAUGACUCUCGAGACCGCCAUAGCGAGGCUGUCGCAGCCAUUGGAAUCAAACUGUUAACCAAUCGUUGGCUUUUCUGAUUUCAUUCAGAAGGGAAAAAAAACUGGUCGUAAUUAUAACUUCUUGGUGUAUUUCGUUGGGAGUGGCCUCUAUUUACUUAAAUUAUGGUGACUGGUAUUUUUGUCGAUGUAAAGGGGUCUUUGCUAUUGUACACGAUAAUCUGUACAAUUGUAACUAAAAUUGUAUGGAAUUUUAUCGUUGCAUACGGGUGCCCAAACAUUAUUUAAAGCGCAAAUUUUUUCAUAUAAAUAUUUCCAUCGCUUAAAAAAUGGGUAGUCUUUUUUCGUUCACUGUUUUUCCGUUCACGAAUUAUAAAAAACGAAAUAUCUUCAUUCAUCUGUUUGCGUUCAUUUUAGCAAAAAAAACAUGACCAAGCACUUGGUAGCGUUUUCGACACAAUUGCUCAUUCCGUUAAAUGCAUGUUUGCGGGAAAAUGAAGAUACUGCUUCUUCAUGUACAGGAAUUGAUAGAUGUAUAGGGGUCAAUUUUGCAUUAAAUAUUUUGGCCUACAUGGGCCUAGCUUUUGAAGUCAGAAGUCGCUUGUGAAGGAAGAUCACCAUCGUUCUCCAUUUUGAACAGUUCGCUGUAGUAAUUUAUGGUCGAAGAAUAGUUAUGGAAAUGAAGUGUAACAUGUUACUGAGGACGUUUUUUCCGCAUUCGAACGGCUUCUUAUAUCCUUAUUUGGGAUUCUAUUUUAGAGCGUUUUUCUGUUAAUAUAAUCGACAAUUUAGGCACAUGUUUAUUAUACAGGUUAUAUUAUUUGGUAGGUGACGUAUGGGUACCCAUUAAUGAAAAUAAAUUCACAUUCCACUUGCUUUAUUAGUCUGGACAUAGGGAGCAUCAUGGACUAUCGAUCAAGGGUAGCCUCGUAAAACGUCCAAGUAAAUUUAGGGUAUUUUCAUAUUUAUCAUUUCAUUAUUUGAAAUUGUAGAAAAUUAUCAUGGAUCUAAAACCAAAUCGUUAAUUCAAGUUGUAAGUAGCAGUGAAUCGCCAUUAAGCAUUUUGUAGCCAUGAAUGAAAUCGUCUUAAUUACGGAUGACCAAGGGUUUCAAGCUGUGUGGGUAUUGCUCAAAUUUUUCUAUUUCUACGCAUUUGAAAUUUUUGAAGACAUUGUACUAAGGCUUGAUGUGUUGAUUCCUUUAGAGGUUUAGAUUCCGUCAGUAUAACAUUGUAAAUGUUCAUAUUGUUCGACUUGCAAACAUUUAUUUUUUGCAUGCAAUAAA